AUCAAAGUCACCCAACCCGUUCUCAACAACAGGAUUUCGUUUGCCAACAACUUCAACAUUCUGAUUCCUCGUUUGACAACUUUCAACCACCUUCAAUUGAACCUCAAACACUUUCGAAAGACGGAAAGACGGACAUGUUUAUUCAUCAAUUUUUCUUCCUCACUGCGACCUGUCUACUGCAUGCUUGCAGCUCCUACGACACAUCAGAUCCGAAUAUAAAGUGCUUCCCAGGAAAUCAACCGGGCCGGGCUAAUUGUAAGAGUGCAUACGGCAAAAUCAUCUACGAAAGCGAUUCAACUCUUGAUGUGAAUGAGGGGCACGUUGAAAAGAUUUCCGGAAACUGUGCUGUGAUGGUUGAUAAGCCUUAUGACCUAAAACUGACCCGCCAAACCAUUGAAGAUGGAUUCGCUAAAAUGCUGAGUCACUGUGCCGACUACUCUGGUUCUUACACUCUCCCGGAUUUCAAAGAUGUCAAAUUGAGCACCAGAGGACGAGUACCAUACCCAGGAAUUGAGCAAGAUACUCCAAGCGAUAAGUUAAUAUGUCAUCCAGUAACCAAAAACCGUAGCGCACCAGAGGAUUGUAUUGACGCCUACGAUGCAAUCCCCACCAAUGCUGAUGGAGAAUUUCUUUUUGAAGGAAGCACAUGUACUUCUGUUUAUAACACAGUUAAAAGUUGCACCGUGGCAAUAAUGUCAUCAGAUGAAUCGGUAAUGCUUGUGACCAAAAAGGACAUGAACAAAAUAAUCUACCGAAUGGUGUCAACAUGUGAUGGCAAGUGGAGUGGUAUUGCUCUCAAAGGCGGGAACUUGGUGUGCAUGCUAUUGCUCGGACAUGAAAUCUACGUAGUCCUACAUAGCCCUUUGGCCGGGUGGGAAGAUCCGGACAUGGACUCGGGCCGGAUCCCAAUCCAAACCAAUGGCACCAAUCCUCACGAGCUCGGACGGGAAGGCCUAUCUGAUCGCGAAAAGAUAAAGCUCUACGAACUUGAAAUCGAGAAAUUACAAGCAUCACUCGGAACAUCGAAUUAUAAAUUGAAAAAACAAUCGUUGCUUAUUCGUGCGCUACACAUACAAGCCUUGGGUAAAGCGAUUCCACGUCUUAGCGCUGUUCGGCCGGUUCACAAAUGGCAAGAUCGAAGAAACCGCGACGAACUAGGGGGGGCCGAUUUCCGGGUGGAGCGAGCACUUCUACCUCGCUUACGACGUCGAAUCCUCGAGAUGACUAGUGUUCUGGAACCGAGUCGGUUUGAAGAGGGGAUUUUUUCGGAACAUUUGGAAACCGAGGUCGGUUGGUUGGAUCAGAUUGAUGCCGAGUCCUGCCAAGUCAAAUCGAGCGUCCUCAUACCGCGGUCUGAGUGGAAGAGCUAUCAUCUGCGCGGAGUACCAGAGACUAUGAGACAUCAAGAAUUAUUGAGGUUCAAGCAAGGAGGACGUUCACCUUAUAUCCUGGAACGAUAUUACUAUCCCGAAAUCUCUUGGGGUGCUGAUCUCAUACGGGACGGUCUGAUCAGGUUAUACGAAAGUCACAUCGAGACAUUACAAGCUGCAGAACCCCAGUCCGUCAGUUUAAAGGGUACAUCUCUAGGCGACCUAUUGGGAUUGAUAGACCAGAUGAUUUGGAACUUGGACCACCCGCGCAAAGUGCUUCAAGCGAAAUGGCAACGGGUCGUGAGGGAGAUCGAAAUCAUGGAACUGGCUAUCAUCCAAUUCCAAAAGCCGGAAGAAUCUCGGACAGAUCUCAACGUUGAAGGAAUCGAUCAUAAUAUCCAUCUCAAGUCACAGUACUGGAUUCCGCGAGACGAGGUGGAAGACUAUGAAAUCGCAUUCCUUCAAAGUUAUUUACCGCUCCUUAGGGUCUGUCGAGUUCUGGUCAAUAAACUAUCCAGCUCUGCCAGCAGCACACCCCUGAUGGCCUUCUAUGACGAUCUAAACAAAUUGAAUAGACUAUACUCGGACACAGAGGAGAUGGAAGACCAGCUUAGGAAGCUUACCCUGCUUGUGUUGCAACUCCGUAGUAGAAGGGCACGUAUACGCAGCAAGGAUCACCUCGGGCUGUUUCGAUGGCUUCAUUCGAAAAUUCAAACUCACUUGAAUUCACUCAAUUGCGGCACUGAUCAAACCCAGAUUCAAAAAGCUCGUGAAUGGUGUCUGAUGUGGGAAGUUCAGUACGAUACUGCACUUGCGAAUUUCUUGGAUGGAGAGCUAUCUGAGUCGGACGGUGAAGAAGAUGACGGGUCGGAGGCAACCGAUUCCCCAUUUUAUGGAGAUGACAGCACUGAUGAAGAAGAAUACGAUGAUGACGAAGAUGGAUGGUGAUUACACUGUCUCAGUUGAUGAUUAGAAGAAAAAGUGGAGCGAAGAUUACAUCAAGAUGUGUUCCUUACAAGCAAUUUAAUCAGAUGAUUGCGAUGCUUAUUCUCUUGAUUGAGUUGUGCCGGUUGCUUCAUUUAAGAAUAUCAAUCGACGGAUUUGAAAGGCUAACAGUCAUGAGCUCUAUGAGAUAAGUGAUCAGAGUAAUUGGAAAGCAUUAAGUUAUCAUAAGGAGCUUUGUCCCAACGGGCCUGUCAUUGAGCGCUGGAAAUCAUUGAGUGACAACACUGCUAUGAUUAGUUCC